UAGGUUGCCCAACUAUACAGACAACCACAAACUUUAUGAACUUUCCUUGUUUAGUUUAUCAGGAUAUAUGCUUCCCUGCUCCAUUUUAAAGAGAGUUACUGCGUUGAUUUACAUUUAUAUGCUUCUUUCCCACAUUUUGAGAGAUUGAGAGAUUGAGAGAGAGAGAGAGAUGAGGCACCGGGGUCUACUUUUCUUGGUUCUUUUCUUGAUCCAAGAACAGGGUUUAUUGUUUCAAGUUUCAGCUGGUGAUGGGUUCAUCAGAACCAGAGGUGUACAUUUUAUGUUGAAUGGUAGCCCUUUCUAUGCACACGGGUUCAAUGCCUAUUGGCUAAUGUUUGUGGCCUCUGACACAUCUCAGAGAAACAAAGUCUCUUCUGCUUUCCAAGAAGCUGUAAACCAUGGCCUUGCAGUGGCAAGAACUUGGGCCUUCAGUGAUGGUGGAUAUUCACCUCUACAGUACUCACCUGGCUCCUACAAUGAACAAAUGUUUCAGGGACUGGAUUUUGCAAUCUCUGAAGCUGGAAAAUAUGGGAUUAAGCUAAUUUUUAGCUUGGUGAAUAACUAUGAAAACUUGGGAGGAAGGAAACAGUAUGUGGACUGGGCAAGAAGUCAGGGGCAGUACUUAUCUUCUGAUGAUGAUUUCUUCACAAACUCUGUGGUGAAGGGAUACUACAAAAAUCAUAUCAAGACUGUUCUUACAAGGAAAAACAGCAUAACUGGAGUUGCCUACAAGGAUGAUCCUACAAUAAUGGCUUGGGAGCUUAUGAAUGAGCCUCGAUGCACUUCAGAUACAUCAGGGAAAACCAUACAGGCUUGGAUUACAGAAAUGGCUUCUUACUUGAAAUCUAUAGAUGGUAAUCACUUACUAGAAGCUGGUUUGGAAGGGUUUUAUGGAGAAUCAGAACCUCAGAAGCAGCAAUACAAUCCAAACUUUCAAGUAGGAACUGAUUUCAUAGCAAAUAAUCAGAUUGCAGACAUUGAUUUUGCUACAGUUCACUCAUAUCCUGAUCAGUGGUUAACCGGUGAAAACGAUGAAUCCCAACUUCAUUUUUUGAACAACUGGCUCAACAAUCACACUCAAGAUGCACAAAACAUCCUUGGAAAGCCACUUUUUUUUGCAGAGUUUGGAAAAUCAAACAAGGACCCUGGUUUCAACACAAACCAGAGGGACCUACUGUUCAAUACGGUUUAUUCAGCAAUCUUUUCAUCGGCUAGGGGUGGAGGUGCAGCUGCCGGUGGCUUGUUCUGGCAACUUCUUACUGAAGGAAUGGACUCUUACCGUGAUGGUUAUGAGAUAGUCUUAAGUGAAAGCCCCUCAACAGCUAGUUUGAUUGCCCAAGAGUCACGAAAACUUAUCAAGAUUCGGAAGAUGUAUGCCAGGCUGAGAAAUAUUGAGAAGCGGAAGAGAUCUCGAGAUAACAAGAGGGGAAAUUAGGGUUAUUAAUAUGGGAAAAGAGAUCAAUAGUUAGAGUUGCUCAAUAUGUUUCGGGAUGUCAAUUAAGUUGGAGGAAGUUGGAUGCUCUCCUAGAGAUGAAUUGUUUGACCAGAAAGUAGACUCAAGAGAAAUAUGUAAUUGAAGUCUUUUACAUAGCAUUAUUCUCACUACUAAAGAAACAGAGUACAAAUAUAUAAAGCAAACAAAUCUGUUUUAUUCAGAAACUAACUCAACUUGCUACAUUUGAAAGUUUCCUUCUUACAUACAUCAGAUGAACUUGUAAUUUACAUGCAGAAGCAAGCCUACUAGCUGCUUUUUAUUGAAAACAAAUCAAUACCGCAAAGCAGCAAAUGAUCAGCUCCCAUUACUGGCCCGAUCUGAGUAUCAGGUCACACAGUUUCAGGAUUUUAUAUGACUGUUCCAUCUUUAAUUGUUGCAUUCUUCAGU